CUCGUCUGGACUUUGGGAACAGUACUGUUAUUUUGACUGCAUUUUCCAGCUGCAAACAUGGCUCAGAUCAACAUCUGCCUCAAACGCAUCUUCACCGUCUUCAACAUAUUCUUCAUGGUUGUUGGUGGAGUGGCCAUCGUCCUCGCUCUGUGGUGCCAGUUCUUCACGAACAUUCGAGGAGGACACAACCUGGAGGGUCGCACCACCAAACUCUUCAUUCUCUUCAUUGUGGGCUGCAUCACGGUGAUGAUUACCGUGUUGGGAGCCUACGGAGCCCACAAGGAGAGCAAAGUGGCCUUGAUCAUGUCCCUGGUGUACACGGUCAUUGGAUGUUGGCUGAUGUUAAUAACUGGAAUCCAAGCCGCCAUCAUACGUCCUCAGCUCAGAGGCAUCGGAGUGGAGACAUUCAGCGAGUUUGUGCCUCUGGACAAAUCCUCGACAUACGUGAGGAACAUGACCGAGGACAUUCAGAAACAGUUUCACUGCUGUGGUCUGUUCAGCUACAACGACUGGGAGAACAUCCCCGACUCCUGUGUGUGCAGCCAGGAGGAGGAGAAGGAGGGCAAGUGUCAGACUGUCAAAAACAACACUUUCAUGCUGCAGAGAAAGUCCGUCUACACUAAGACCUGCUUUCCCACCAUCAUGGACUACAUCCAGUUUGAUUACAACAUCAUACUUGUGGUCAGCUUCACUGUGGCUAUUCUAGCUCUACUCGGCAUGAUUCUGUCCUCCAUUAUGAUCCACCAGCUGUAUUACCCCAACAGACCCACCAUCAUGAUCUCCAUGAUGCCACCAAAAUACAAGGAGCUGCACAACGCCCCAGCGUGUUAGUCAAAAUACAAUGCACUGCCUGUUGUUAGC